UACAGUGGCCAAAAUAUGGGGGACAUGGACCCCCACAUCUUUGCUGUGGCUGAGGAGGCAUACAAACAGAUGGCCAGAGAUGAACGGAACCAGUCCAUCAUCGUCAGCGGGGAAUCGGGCGCUGGGAAAACCGUGUCUGCCAAAUACGCCAUGAGAUACUUUGCCACGGUGAGCGGCUCGGCAAGUGAAGCUAAUGUUGAAGAGAAAGUAUUAGCUUCCAAUCCUAUAAUGGAGUCUAUUGGCAAUGCCAAAACCACACGAAACGACAACAGCAGUCGCUUUGGGAAGUACAUUGAAAUCGGUUUUGACAAACGGUAUCGAAUCACAGGGGCUAACAUGAGAACUUACCUCCUAGAAAAAUCAAGAGUGGUGUUCCAGAGAAAUUACCAUAUCUUCUAUCAGCUUUGUGCUUCUGCAGCAUUACCUGAAUUUAAAGCGUUGCGAUUGGGGAAUGCAGACUAUUUUCACUAUACAAAACAAGGGGGCAGCCCAGCAAUUGACGGAAUUGAUGACGCUAAGGAAAUGCUUAACACUCGGCGGGCUUGCACUCUUUUAGGCAUUGUUGAUUCCCGUCAGAUGGGAAUUUUCCAAAUCCUUGCUGGCAUUCUUCACUUGGGCAACGUGUCAUUCACAUCUCGAGAUGCCGAUAGCUGCACAAUCCCCCCUAAACACGAACCCCUCAGGAUCUUCUGUGAACUCAUGGGAGUGGAAUAUGAACAGAUGGCGCAUUGGCUUUGCCACAGAAAGCUCGCUACUGCCGCCGAGACCUACAUCAAGCCAAUUUCCAAGCUGCAGGCUAUCAAUGCUAGGGAUGCUCUCGCAAAACAUAUCUACGCCAACCUUUUUACCUGGAUUGUAGAACAUGUGAACAAAGCUUUGCAGUCCACUGUGAAACAGCAUUCUUUCAUUGGCGUAUUGGACAUUUAUGGGUUUGAGACAUUUGAGAUCAACAGUUUUGAACAAUUCUGUAUAAAUUACGCCAAUGAGAAACUGCAGCAGCAGUUCAAUAUGCACGUCUUUAAGUUGGAGCAAGAAGAAUACAUGAGGGAACAAAUUCCUUGGACCUUGAUUGAUUUCUACGACAAUCAGCCCUGCAUUAACCUCAUCGAGGCCAAAUUGGGAAUUCUGGAUUUGCUGGAUGAGGAAUGCAAGAUGCCUAAAGGUUCAGACAAUAGUUGGGCACAGAAAUUAUACAAUACUCACUUGAAUAAGACGGCACUGUUUGAGAAACCUCGAUUGUCCAACAAAGCUUUUAUUAUUCAACACUUUGCAGAUAAGGUGGAGUACCAGUGCGAAGGGUUUUUGGAAAAAAACAAGGAUACUGUCUAUGAAGAACAGAUCAACGUUCUCAAAUCAAGUAAGUUUAAGAUGCUGCCUGAGCUGUUUCAAGAGGAGAAGGCGAUCAGCCCCGCCUCAGCCACUCCAUCGGGUCGUAUCCCAUUGUCUCGAGCAGCUGUAAAACCAGCCAAGUCCAAAAUGGCCCAAGCAAGCAAGGAACAUAAGAAAACUGUGGGGCAUCAGUUCAGAAAUUCUCUGCAUCUCUUGAUGGAGACCCUUAAUGCCACAACUCCACAUUACGUGCGAUGUAUUAAACCAAACGACUUCAAGUUUCCAUUUAUGUUUGAUGAAAAGCGGACUGUACAACAGCUCAGAGCUUGUGGCGUGCUGGAGACAAUCCGGAUCAGUGCAGCUGGUUUCCCUUCGAGGUGGACCUAUCAAGAAUUCUUCAGCCGCUAUCGUGUCCUGAUGAAGCAGAAAGAUGUCCUCAGUGACAGGAAACAGACAUGCAAAAAUGUCUUGGAAAAGCUGAUUCUGGACAAGGAUAAGUACCAGUUUGGGAAGACAAAAAUAUUUUUCCGGGCUGGUCAAGUUGCUUAUUUGGAAAAAAUAAGGGCCGAUAAACUGAGAGCGGCUUGCAUCCGUAUCCAAAAAACUAUCCGGGGCUGGCUGAUGCGAAAGAAGUACCUGCGCAUGAGGAAGGCAGCCAUCACCAUUCAGAGAUACGUCCGUGGAUACCAGGCACGAUGCCUUGCAAUGUUCUUACGAAGAACCAAAGCUGCCACCGUUAUCCAGAAAUGCCAGCGCAUGUAUGCUACCCGCAAACGGUAUCGACACAUCCGAGCAGCCACCAUUACUCUCCAGUCGUACCUGCGAGGCUACAUUGCCAGGAAGCAGUAUCACAAGAUGCUUUGGGAGCACAAGGCCACCAUUAUCCAAAAACAUGUGCGUGGCUGGCUGGCUCGCUUGCGCUACCACAGGACUUUGAAGGCCAUUGUCUACCUGCAAUGCUGCUACCGGCGCAUGAUGGCCAAAAGGGAGCUGAAGAAGCUGAAGAUAGAAGCUCGCUCGGUCGAACACUACAAGAAACUCAACGUUGGCAUGGAGAACAAGAUUAUGCAGCUCCAGCGUAAAAUCGAUGACCAGACACGAGAUUCCAAAUCCCUGGUUGAGAAGCUAACCAUCUUAGAGGCGGCCUAUGCUUCCGAGACGGAGAAGCUGCGGAAUGACAUCGAAAGGCUUCGGAUGAGUGAGGAAGAGGCCAAGAACGCCACCAACCGCCUCAUGAGCCUUCAAGAGGAGAUCAGCAGGCUGAGGAAGGAGCUGGGCCAGAUCCAGACCGAAAAGAAAGCCAUCGAAGAAAAGGCGGGUCUCUAUAAACAAGAAACGGACCAGCUGGUGCUUGAACUAAAAGAGCAAAACACACUUCUUAAAAAGGAAAAAGAUGAUCUGAAUAGUCACAUCCAAAACCAGGCCAAAGAAAUUACAGGGCACAAGAGAACGGAUUCCACCCAUAGUAGCAAUGAAUCAGAAUAUACUUACAGCUCUGAGAUAGCUGAGGCUGAAUGGGAACCAAUGGGAACAGAGGAACCGAGUGAGAAAAAGGCACCUUUGGACAUGUCUCUCUUCCUCAAGCUACAAAAACGAGUGAAGGAGCUGGAGCUAGAAAAGCAGUCCCUGCAGGAUGAGCUAGAGAAGAAGGAGGACCAAGUUCUCCGGGCCAAGGCCAAGGAGGAAGAAAGGCCUCAGAUGAGAGGAGUAGAGCUGGAAUACGAAUCGCUUAAGCGUCAAGAGCUAGAGUCAGAGAAUAAAAAACUGAAGAACGAAUUGAACGAGUUGAGAAAGGCUCUGAUGGAAAAGAGUGCUCCAGAUGUCACCAUGCCUGGUGCUCCAGCAUACAGGGUCCUUUUGGACCAGAUGACAUCUGUCAGUGAAGAGUUGGAGGUCCGCAAGGAGGAGGUUCUCAUCCUGAGGUCUCAGCUGAUGAACCAGAAGGAGGCAGUGCAGCCCAAGGAUGAUAAGAACACCAUGACGGAUUCUACAAUUCUUCUGGAAGACGUUCAAAAGAUGAAAGACAAGGGGGAGAUCGCUCAAGCUUAUAUUGGACUGAAGGAGACAAACAGGCUUCUGGAAUCUCAGCUGCAGGCUCAGAAGAGAAGCCACGAGAAUGACCUGGAGGCCCUUCGCGGAGAGAUCCAGAGUCUAAAGGAGGAGAACAAUCGCCAACAGCAAUUGCUGGCCCAGAACCUCCAGCUGCCCCCAGAAGCCCGGAUAGAGGCCAGUCUGCAGCACGAAAUCACCCGCCUGACCAAUGAGAACUUGGAUUUAAUGGAACAGCUGGAGAAACAGGACAAGACGGUUCGGAAGCUGAAGAAGCAGCUGAAGGUUUUCGCCAAGAAAAUUGAUGAGCUCGAAGUGGGCCACAUGGAGAACAUUUCACCUGGACAAAUCAUUGAUGAGCCGAUACAUCCUGUGAAUAUUCCAAGGAAAGAAAAAGACUUCCAAGGAAUGUUAGAAUACAAGAAAGAAGAUGAACCCAAACUCGUUAAGAAUCUUAUUUUAGAACUGAAGCCUCGGGGAGUGGCAGUGAAUCUCAUCCCAGGGCUGCCAGCUUACAUUUUGUUCAUGUGCGUCCGCCACGCCGACUACCUGAACGAUGAUCAGAAAGUGAGGUCCUUGCUGACGUCUACGAUUAACGGCAUCAAAAAAAUUUUGAAGAAAAGAGGCGAUGACUUUGAAACAGUCUCCUUCUGGCUGUCCAAUACGUGCCGAUUUUUGCACUGUUUGAAGCAAUACAGCGGCGAAGAAGGGUUUAUGAAGCAUAACACAUCUCGUCAGAACGAACAUUGCCUGACUAAUUUCGACCUUGCUGAGUACAGACAAGUGCUAAGUGACCUGGCCAUCCAGAUUUACCAGCAGCUGGUUCGGGUUCUGGAGAAUAUUUUGCAACCGAUGAUUGUUUCAGGAAUGCUGGAGCAUGAAACCAUCCAAGGAGUGUCCGGGGUGAAGCCCACCGGCCUACGCAAGAGAACCUCUAGCAUUGCCGACGAAGGGACCUACACCUUGGACUCCAUCAUGCGUCAGCUGAACACCUUCCACUCCAUCAUGUGCCAGCACGGCAUGGAUCCUGAGCUGAUCAAGCAGGUGGUCAAGCAGAUGUUCUACAUCAUUGGGGCCGUGACCCUCAAUAACCUUCUCCUGAGAAAAGACAUGUGCUCCUGGAGCAAAGGAAUGCAGAUUAGGUACAAUGUAAGCCAGCUGGAAGAAUGGCUUCGUGACAAAAACCUCAUGACCAGCGGCGCCAAGGAGACCCUGGAGCCGUUGAUCCAGGCCGCUCAGCUGCUGCAGGUGAAAAAGAAGACCGAUGAGGACGCGGGGGCCAUCUGCUCCAUGUGCCACGCGUUGACUACCGCCCAGAUUGUGAAAGUGUUGAACCUAUAUACUCCCGUUAAUGAGUUUGAAGAAAGAGUGUCUGUGUCUUUUAUCCGGACAAUACAGCUGCGUAUGCGAGACAGGAAGGAUACUCCCCAACUCUUAAUGGAUGCUAAGCAUAUUUUCCCUGUUACUUUCCCAUUCAACCCGUCCUCUCUCGCACUAGAAACGAUCCAGAUUCCCGCAAGUUUGGGUCUAGGAUUCAUCUCUCGGGUCUGAACCAAGAACAGAGUUAAGCUGUUGA